AUGAAAAAGCAGAGACGCGUCGCUGUGCUUCGCACACGGGGCUUAGCGUGCGAGGCGGAGGAAACCAACCCUGCUGCUCCGCUCAGCCGGAACCCCUGCCCGCUCCCGGGCGACCGCAACCUGAACACUGCCCCUUGGACCCUCCCCAACACAGAAAGGGUCGUACACCUGGAACCGGUCACUGAGAGCCUGAGGGCAGGCGGCAAAGCCAAAAAGCCCAGAGAGACUUUGCCUGAAGAAGAGGAAAUUAACAGUAACAAUCAGAAAGCUACGGCGUGCAGGAAGGAUUAUAAUGGCAAAACAACUGAAACCUGUGCCUUUCCCCUGGGCAGAGGCCGGUCUUGGCGCUUGCAGGAUGCCUCGCUCAGCCGAGCGGCGCCAAGUGGGGACGCGCCACCGCUCAGGGAAGGGACACGGCUCAGCGAGGAGGCUGUGGAUUCUGAAUCAAAGUACAGGUUCGUAGGAAGCUCUCUUCAGCCACCAGAUAAAACACUUCCUGCAGCCUUUGCUUCUAAAGAACCCAAGAAGUUGGCGGCUGUUGCUGGUGACGGGCUAUCACCUCUCCCCAACAACCAAGCUGUGGUGUCGGCCCUGAAAACCCUUCAAGAAAAGAUCCGCCGCCUCGAGCUGGAGAGGUCGCAGGCAGAGGAUAAUCUGUGCAGCCUCUCUGCAGAAGCUGCUCGGUAUAAGAAGGCCUUAGAGCAGGAAUCCUACAAAAAGGACAUCUCACAUCAAGAACUGAUGCAACAGAGGAAAGAUGUAAGUGUGCAGUUAAAUGCAGCACAAUCCCGCUGCUCCCUGCUGGAGAAACAGCUGGAUUACAUGAAGAAAAUGGUUUCCAGUGCAGAGAUGGAGAAAAAAUUGGUUUUAGAACAGCAGACCAAGCUUCAGAAGGAGAAAAAUCAGAACCGGGUGGAGUUGCAUGCGAAACUUGAAAAGCUUGAAGUGCUAGAAAAGCAGUGUCUUAAAUUUACUGCUACUCAGAGGAUUGCAGAGGACAAGAUCAAACACUUAGAAGAAAAGCUUUGUAAAGAGGAACAUCAGCGCAAGCUAAUGCAAGACAAAGCUGCUCAGCUUCAAGCUGGAUUUGAGGUAAAUAGAAUGUUGUUGUCCUUGGUUUCGUCUCAAAAUGAACCCAAAAAGGAAAGGAGAAAGAAGAAAACCAAGAAGAAGAAAAGUCCUGCUGGGAAGAAAAUGUGUCUCCGACAAUUUCAUGUUAGGGCUGGUGUGCUACCUUUCGUGGCUGGGAAGCAUCGCAACCCUCGUUUCUCAUCACGAGGCGAAGAGGGAGCUGCAACUGGAAUUUCAAGACAAACUGUUGCUUCAAAGUCUGUAUCUUCUUGUUCCACGUCAUCUACUGUCACCAGAAAUCUUUCUGACAUUCUGUUGGCCAUAGAAGAUGAGCUGGGCCAAAUGAGCUUUGAGCAUAAAGAACUCUCAAAGCAGAUACAGGAAACUCACAACUCUGAAGUUUGCGAAGACUUAGAACGGCAACUGGAUUGCCUUGUAAAAAAAAUGGAGAUUAAAGGCGAGCAAAUAUCCAAACUAAAAAAGCAUCAGACUAGUGUCCAAAAAAUAAAGCAGAAAAUGCAAAAAAUGAAGCAAGAGGCAGCACACAUCAAACUAAAAUGUGGUGACCAAAAGGAAACAAAGGAAAGUCAAGUUGCUAUAGGAGAAAGUAAGUCUAAGGCUUGCCCUGGGCAGAAAAGCAAGAGCUCUCUUCAGCUCUUAAAAAACGUGCAGAAACUGCAGUCUACACUGAAAAGAGAUGAUAUCAUGUGGGAGCGAUAA